AUCCACUUCCUGUCCGCUCGCUCUUUAGUUAGUUAAACUUCCGUUUGACUGAAGCGGCGACGACGAGCUCAUUUGCCCAAGUAAAAUACUAAUUUUUGCUUUUAUUCCGUUGAUAUCGUCGACCAGGCAGUCAUGUCUAGUCGCGAAGCCCUCAACAUGAAGCUGCCUCCGAUCCAGUCCACGGCCGGAGCCGUGCCGGUCCGGAAUGAGAAAGGUGAGCUCUCCAUGGAGAAGGUGAAGGUGAAGAGGUAUGUGUCAGGGAAACGUCCUGACUACGCGCCAAUGGAGUCGUCGGAUGAGGAGGAAGAGGACUUCCAGUUUGUGAAGAAGGGAAAGGAAUUGGAGCCAGAGGUAGAGCUGGAGGAAGAGGAAGUCUCUGACCCACGUCUCAAACGUUUGCUCAACCGUGUCUCUGAGGACGUGGAGGAGAGGCUCGCGAGACACAGACAGAUCGCAGAGCCCGAAGUUGUGGUCGAGAGCAGCGAGGACUCUGAUGAAGGCACGUGGCACCCAGAGCGUGAGGAGAGCAGCGAGGAAGAAGAGGAGGAGGAAGAGGAAGAAGUGGAUGAUGAGGAAAUUGAGAGGAGACGAGCAAUGAUGCGGCAGCGGGCCGUUGAACGGAAGAAUGAGGAGAUGGAGGUCAUGGAGGUGGAGGAAGAAGGGAAGUCAGGGGCGGAGUCAGAGUCAGAGUCUGAAUACGAAGAAUACACAGACAGCGAGGAUGAAGCAGAACCACGGCUCAAACCUGUCUUCAUUCGCAAAAAGGACAGAGUCACAGUGGCAGAGCGUGAAGCAGAGGAGUUGAGGCAAAGAGAGCUGGAGGCUGAGGCCAAGAGGCAGGUGGAGGAGCGACGGCGCUACACCCUCAAGAUCGUGGAGGAGGAGGCUAAGAAGGAGUUUGAGGAGAACCGACGCACACUCGCUGCUCUGGAUGCUUUGGACACUGACGGAGAGAACGAGGAGGAAGAAUACGAAGCCUGGAAAGUCAGAGAGCUGAAACGCAUCAAGAGGGACAGAGAGGCCAGAGAGCUCAUGGAGAGGGAGAAGUCUGAAAUUGAGAGAUUCCACAACUUGACAGAUGAGGAGCGCAGGGCUGAGCUCCGCAACAGCGGCAAAGUCAUCACCAACAAAGCCACCAAAGGAAAAUACAAGUUCCUCCAGAAGUACUACCACAGAGGAGCCUUCUUCAUGGAUGGGGAGGACGACGUGUACAAGAGAGAUUUCAGCGCCCCGACUCUGGAGGAUCACUUCAACAAAACCAUCUUACCCAAAGUCAUGCAGGUCAAAAACUUUGGUCGGUCUGGACGCACAAAGUACACCCACCUGGUGGACCAGGACACCACGUCGUUCGACUCGGCCUGGGCUCAGGAGAGCGCUCAGAACAGCAAGUUCUUCAAGCAGAAGGCGGCAGGCGUGAGGGACGUGUUUGACCGGCCCACAGUGAAGAAGAGGAAGACUUAAAAAGUGUGAGGAUGUAAAACGGACUUCACCAGGCCCGCGCUGCAGCUUUAGAGACUGAGCUGCAUCCUGCUGAGUCUCUUUCCUGGACUUUGUUGUGGGAGGAAAAUAGACUGAUUCCACCACUUUGAUGAACUGUUUACCUACCAGGAAGGUGCACCAUCAUUUAAAAAAAAAAAAAAAAACUUAAUUUAAUGUUGGCUCCUCAAACCCUACUUAAGAUGCAGCUGGUUUUCAACUUUCAACAAGCAGAAUAUCACUAAUGUGGGAUCUUGGCUGAAAAAAAACUGCAUUGCUGCAUUUUGAGGAGAUGCAGGGAAAAUGUUAGUGUAAUCAUCUUUGUAAACAGCCUGAAGAUUUUUUUUUUUUUUUUUAUUAUCCAUUGUUAGCAGGUUUGUGGCUUUUGAGCCACAUCACACCCAGAUCCUUCCCUCUGUUUUAAAGCAGUGGGUUGUGAUGUAAUUUUGUACAAAUCAGCUUGUAAUAACUAAGUAUGCAGAUUCUUCUGACUACCUGCAUUACCACCCACCCCACCAAAAUUUGUUGAAGUACAGGUAUUGUAACUUGGUUUGUUUGUGAAUAAAACUUGUAUUUUCAUCAAUUUUAAAA